UUGAGUAUUUCACAUACGCCCAAGUACAGUUACUUUUAUAAAUACCUAUUAAAGGAAACAAAUUACCAGAAAAUGGAAGAUAAUACAACCGACAUAGUUCUUAAACAACUUACAUCUCACAAGUGCACUUUUUGUGGUGGUUGGUUGUCAAUUCCACCAGUAAUGACGGUUUCUGAUGAUGGUAGUGGUGGUACAGGACAACAGUGUGGAAGAUGUAAACACAUCAAAUGCAGGGUAGCUACAAGAAACACAAUUUUUGAGAAUGUGGCCAAGCAUUUACAAUUUUCUUGUAUUCAUGAAAACUGCCAAGAAAAUAUUCCAUGGAGAGAAGUGGAUUCACAUGAAAAAAGAUGCCCUCACAGAAGAUUCAAAUGCCCUGUUUACUAUGAAGAUUGUGAAGAACAUAUCGAAAUUAGUCACUUCAAAAGUCACAUGCAGAUGAUGCAUAAGAAAAAUAUAUAUUACGAGAAAAUAGUUGUGGAGAUGAUCAAUACAGUUUCAACACAAGUGUGUUUACUAAUUGUCCAUAGUUUACAGUUUCUUAUUUUAUUCUCUGAAGACCAAAUUUGUGCUACAUCAUUACAAUCCAUUAAUAACAAUUUUCAUUAUCAUUUGAGGUUCAGCAGUUUUGUUAAACCAUCUAUUUCUCUCUCGUAUGAAAAUAUAUCCAUCAAUGAAUAUCAUGAACGAGAAAGCUGUUUUAAAUGUUUGAAGAAACAAUGUGCUUUGAGGAUUCAUCCAUAUGCCAAAAAUAUUACAGAUGACAGUGAUAAUAGAAACAAAAAACAUAUAAUCAAUUUCAAUUGGAAAAAUGUUAGUUCAAUAGUUGGAAAUCACAUAUUAGUUACUUUGAAAGUAACCCCCACAACUAACCAGGAGUUAUUUCCAGAAGAACUGGAAGCUGCUGAUAAUAAUGAACACAUUAAAAAAACCCUUGAAUGCCCAAUAUGCACAAAAUAUAUGACAAAGGAAAUUUAUUCAUGUGAAAUUGGUCAUCUUCUCUGUAACGAAUGCAAAUCCAAAGUGACCCUUUGCCCAUCAUGCCAAGCACCUAUUGGUUGUGCCAGAAAUUAUGCCCUUGAAUCUAUGGCAGAGAAUGUAAAUAUUCCAUGCAAAAAUGAUAAUAAGGGAUGUGUCUUUGUAGGAAAGUUACACAUGCUUUCAAGACAUGAAGACAAUUGUUCCUACAAUGCACAGUAAUAUUGAUAACCUUAGGAUCAGCAGGUAUGGUGGAAGUAUAUUCCACAUUUCGGAUUUUCAAGAAUAAAAUCUACUUAUAUAUUGUUAAGAGUGUUGACAUUUAUGUACCUAUCCAUAAUUUGUAGUUGAUUUAUAUUCAUCAGUCCAUCUCGAAAAGUAAAAAUAAUUUUUACUUUUCGAGUAAAUCAGAAAUAGGAACACUACAAAUUUUAGGAACUUUUUUCAGAAAAUAACAUAAUAUACUGGUGUGUUACCUAUUAUGCUAGUGAAAGUUUUCUGCUUUUGAAAAAAUUGAAUAUUUUUGUUUUUGCAAAAUCUGAAAUGUCCUCACUAUAAUGCAUUAGUUAUGAUUUCUCACAUUUUGAAAUAAAUAAUUUCUACUUUCACUGUAUAGGGCUGAGGAAAUAAUUCAAAUAUUAGUAACCUGUAAUGGCCCGAAGAUACUGAUAACUAUAAGGGAAUUUCACUAGAACUCUCAAAAGCAGGUAAAAUGUUGUGUUUAUCAGUUUUCCUGUGCUAUUUGUCAGAACAUGAUUUGGAAACUUUUGUUUUUAUUUUUGCAGGUUAUGUACAAAAAAAUAGUUUUUGAUUUUUUUCUAUACUUUCUGAAUUUGAAAAAUAUUUAGUACUGUAGCGAUACUUCCCAAUAAUACGAUACUAAUGUCAAUGAGCCAUUAACGUGUUUUGCUAACUCCAUAUAAUACAUAUAUGAAGUUAGAUUUAUCUAUAUUUGAUACUAAUGGAAAUUUGUUUUAGGGUUUACUUGGGGCCUGUGAAAGAAAUAUAGUUACAGAAAAUUAUUACUAGAUUCAUUUCACUUUACAACUUUAUUAUGGUAGAUAAUCUGUUACCGAUUUUGUUAGACUAACCAUUUUUACUUUUUUUAAGUUUGUUAUGAAAAAUAUGUAAGUUUUAUUUCAAUUUUUAAUUUUGAUCUGAAAUACUUCACAACUUUAUUGUGGUAGAUAAUAUGUUAUUGAUUUUGUUAGAUUUAGGUAGUACUUACCUUAUUUGUAACUUUGUUGGUAGACUAACCGUUUUUAUUUUUUUUAAGUUUGUUUUGAGAAACAAAAGUUUUAUUUCUAUUUUCAACAUAGAUCUGAAAUGCGUCACAACUCUAUUAUGGUAGAUAAUAUGUUACUGUUUCUGUUAGAUAUAUGUAGUUCUUACCUUAAUUUCAAUUUUGUUGAUAAACUAAACAUUUUUUACUUUUUGAAGUUUGUUUUAGAAAAUAUUUUUAUUUUUAACAUAGAUCCGAUAUACUUCAUAACUCUGUUGUGUUAAGUAAUAUGUUACUGUUUUUAUUAGAUUUAAGUAGUACUUACCUUAAUUUCAAUUUUGUUGAUAGACAC